AUGAUGCGUCUCCGACGCUACCGGUUAUUUGUGCUAGUGGCUGUGGUUGCAAUCGUGUCUGUCUACCAGCUGACUCGAGUCAGUGACUGGAAGAACCCUUCACUCGAGGCCCUGGUGGGCCUGAGGAACGAUCAUGCUACUAAACAAAUCGGUUCCAGCACAGAUUUCUCAGAGACGCUUUCUGACCCUGCUUCCGCGCCAGAACUGCUUGAGCAGCCUCAAGGACAACCGGCGCAUCCUGCCCUACCACCGGUCGAUUCACCAGGAACCACUCCUGCACCUCCACCUCUACAAGUGACCACUUCAUCGCUCUCGAGUUCCUCGACCGCUGCACAGCCUACCGUGACGAAGGACGAGCUGCUUACCCAACAACCGCCUUUCGAUGGUGAAGGUGAUGAAGAAGCUGGUGACCGUGGACAAAGCAGGCAUGGAGUCAAACCUCAGCCCGUGGAACAGGGGAGAGCAUAUUGGAUACAACAAGAGGAGCAUUUCCCAAUACCCGCAGAGAGUCUGAUUCCACUGCCGACCGACAGCGAUUCCAAGGCGCUCCCCAAAGUCCAAUAUAGCUUUGGGAGAGAGAAUCCUUCAAUAAAGACAAAUCGCCUUCAGAAGCAGGCCGUGAUCCGGGAGGCGUUCGAGCAUGCUUGGUUCGGCUAUAAGAACUACUCUCUGCCUCACGAUGAGCUAAAGCCUAUAUCGAAAGACGUGGGAGAUCCGUUCAAUGGGUGGGGUGCGACUCUAGUGGACUCGUUGGAUGCUCUCUGGAUCAUGGGGUUGCGCGAUGAAUUCCACGAUGCAGUUGCGGCAGUAGGCCAGAUUGAUUUCAAGACGUCGGCAAGAAAAGACAUUCCUCUCUUUGAGACGACGAUCCGCUAUCUUGGAGGGCUGAUUGCAGCUUACGAUCUCAGCUCGGGGAAAUAUCCAGUCUUGCUUGACAAAGCGGUUGAACUCGCUGAUAUCCUGAUGGGAGCCUUUGAUACGCCCAAUAGAAUGCCUGCAGUUUUUUAUCACUGGACGCCAUCCUCAACGUCCCGACCACACAGGGGCAGUGAGCACACGGUGCUGGCAGAAAUAGGCUCCCUCGCAGUCGAGUUCACGAGACUGGCUCAAAUUACCCGGGAAACCAGGUAUUACGAUGCUAUUGCACGCAUCACCAAUGCCCUGGAGGAGUGGCAGAUGAAAACGACUUUCCCGGGUCUGUGGCCCUUGAAGCUGGACGCAUCCGGCUGUAAAAAGCCCCAAGCCGUUUCCAAAUCGGCAGCUGAUGAGGAUGAAUGGUUGGAAGAAGACGCCUCUGUCGGCCUGAAAGAUAGCCGCGCAGAGGUGUCUACGGAGGGACCAGGCACAGACAGCCCGCGCGAGCCCGAUGAUAAUCCCUCGGUCAUGUUGACUAAGCGACGACAGCCUUCAUCGCCACUCUCGGCCAAAAAAUCCGCGAAGAAGGAUAGCAAGGUCAAUGCGGCUGAACAUAAGCCUUUGCCGCUAGUCGACGCCGACGCCGACGAAGACAAUGAUGACCACGAGCGUUGCGAAGCACAAGGUCUGAGCACUGAACCUGAUUCGACCACCCACACUUACGGGAUCGGUUCGAUGGCGGAUUCCACGUAUGAAUACUUUCCGAAGGAAUAUGCGCUGCUGGGCGGCAUGAACGAGCAGUACAAACGUUUAUACCUUGAUGCCAUGAAGAUUGUUCGGGAAGAAUUACUCUUUCGACCUAUGACAAAGGAGAACCAUGAUAUCCUCUUUCUGGCGAAGCAGAAUAUCUCCCCCAAGGCCAAGGAUCCUGCCAAGAGGAAAGUAACAAUCUAUGAGGGAACGCACCUGGGAUGUUUUGCUGGCGGCAUGUUUGGCCUGGGGGCUAAGCUGUUCGACAUCCCUUCGGAUAUGGUCAUUGCAGAGAAGCUCACCAACGCGUGCGUGUGGGCUUACGCGUCCACACCCGUGGGUGUCAUGGCCGAAGAAUUCGAGCUUGUGCCCUGCGAGAGUCUCACCUCGUGCAAGUGGAAUGAAAGCAGAUGGUAUGAAGCGCUGGACCCGAGGCUUGAUGAAAGAACGCGGGCGGUUGAGACUUACAAUGUGCAUCAACAAAAGCUAUAUGAACAGCAACCAACUGGCUUGAACGAUGCCCUGGAUAAUGAAGAUGAGUUCGUUGUCUCACAGAUGGAUCUGGGUUCCCGCUUGAAGAAGAGAAACCCGCAGACAGACUUCGAAGGAGAAGAACGGACAGAGACGAUUUUCUCGGAUGAUGCGGUCACGUACGCAAAACAAGUGCACCCUCUAUCGUUUACACCGCGGGUCGCGCUGUCACACGAAGAAUAUGUUGCGGCCAAAAUCCAGGAAGAGCGACUACCCCCAGGGUAUACACGGAUCAAGGCGCGGGACUACCGACUCCGACCUGAGGCCAUCGAGUCAGUCUUUAUUAUGUACCGACUAACAGGAGAUGAGACUUGGAGAGACAAGGGAUGGGCUAUGUUCAACGCAGUCGACAAGGCAACGAGGACGGAGAUUGCCCACGCAGGCAUCAGGGAUGUGACCAGCCGACUGAUGGAGCAGCAAGAUUCUAUGGAAUCGUUCUGGCUCGCCGAGACGUUGAAAUAUUACUAUCUCUUGUUCAGUGAACCGGACUUGAUCAGCCUCGACGACUACGUUUUGUAA